GAUGAUGGUCGCUAUUUCUCCUUUAUAAACAGAUAAAAAAAACCAACAUAAGAACAGAAAAGCUGACACCUUAAGCUUCCUCUGUAGCUACAAUGGCUCACUUCCUUAAUCUUAACAGCCUCACAAACACUUUAUCUUCGAUUCCAAAACUACCUGAGAGUCGUAAAAUCAGCAAACCCGCUGGAUUUGCUUGCAGGAGAACCGUAGAAUGUCAAGAACUGGAUUCAGUACAGAUCACUAGACGGAUGACAUUAGGAUCUGCUGUAUCCAUAGGUCUAACCGGAAUUUUUGGCCAGAAUAAUGUUUCUCUGGCACAAGACAACGGGUUUUGGAUCGAUGGUCCUCUUCCAAUUCCACCUAUUUACAACAAUAUCGUGAAUGAGCAGACGGGAACGAGAACGUUCAUAAAGAAAGGAGUGUAUGUAGCUGAUAUAGGGACGAAAGGAAGAAUGUAUAGAGUUAAAAAGAAUGCUUUUGAUCUGUUAGCAAUGGAGGAUUUGAUCGGACCAGAUACUUUAAACUAUGUCAAAAAGUACUUGAGGCUUAAAUCCACCUUUUUGUUCUACGAUUUCGACAAUCUCAUCUCUGCUGCUGCCUCUGAAGACAAACAAUCUCUCACCGAUUUGGCCAACAGAUUGUUCGACAAUUUCGAAAAGCUUGAAGAUGCAGCUAAGGCAAAGAACUUAAGCAAGACAGAAUCGUGUUAUACAGAUACAAAGAUUCUUCUUCAAGAGGUCAUGACCAGAAUGGCAUGAUUCCGUUUCAGUUUUUUCACUGGUUUUCUUGCUAUAUAUUGACCAUCAUUCACGGUAAAAAAAAAUUGUACUCUAGUAAAAAGAAAUGUAAUCUAGACCCAUGUGUACGGCGUCAUAAAAUAUACUCCCUCCGUUUCAUAAUAUAAGAUGUUUAGAAGAUUA